UCGACGCACUUCAGACGAACCACUUGCUGGAAUUUGGGCGAGAGGGCACUGUUGCUGAUUACGGCCGGAGUGGAGCUCCUAAGGUGCGACUACACGCGGACUGCUCUUGGCCAAAUGGGUUGGAUGGUUGUCGGUAGUCAGUUGUAUUUGAUGGCUGACCGGGCCAGAACGUGAUUCCCUCCCAGGAGAAAAUAUUUAAUAUAUUUGACUUGGCAAUUUUCAAAACUACAUUCGCUAAUUUUAUGUGGAUGACCAGCAGCAGCUGAUUCGUGAAAUGCCCAGCGAUAUUUACUGGGAACCGAGGAAUUUGGAACAUCGAGGGCAUCUUCAUAUUUAAUACCAGCAUUUCUAAAAUUCACUAGCUGAAAUUACACUGGAAUAAUCAUAAAUCCGGGAAAUCGAAUUUAAAUAGAGCAUUUCCGUGGCACGUUCGGACUUUUGAAGAUAAGCCACAAUUCGAUAAGCUUUAUCAUCUGGACGGAGCCAAUUCGAUAAUCGUAGACCGAGGAGCAUACAUAAGUCAGUUUUCCAAGUGGAUCAUGGCAGCCCAAAGUAAGCUGGCUGAGAUAGCCUUGAACUGCUCCUGCUAUGAGUACAACCAUCCGUGGACCUCGAGCUGUGCCUGUGCUGCGGCGGGCAUGAUGCUCUCCGAGAUCCCCCCCAGUCUGCGUACCUACGCCACUGUUUAUGUGUUGGCCCUGAUCAUGCGGGGACGAAUCCCCUCACUGAAGGACCUCGGACGCACUGCAUCUGGAAUCCUGCAAUCCACCGCUUUCCUUUCGAUGAAUGGCGGUCUCUUCAUUUUUGCGGUGUGCUUCUUGCGGCAGAUCUUUGGUGGAUUCUACUUCUGGACAGUGGCAUGGUUGCCUUCGUUCCUGGCCAGCUUCGCCUGCCUCGCCUUCGAGCGUCCGGAGCGCCGUGCUCCACUGGCCAUGUAUGUGGCCAAUGUGGGCAUUGAGACUCUGUGGAAGAUGUUGGAGUCCCGAGGAUUUGUGCGAUCCAUUCCCAAUGGACAGGUGCUCAUAAUGGGCGUCAGUGUCACCGCCUUGAUGUAUCUAUAUCGCGCUGGACUUCACAAGACGGUGGCCAAGGACGCGACCUUCAAGGCUUUGGGUCUGAUUGUGGGCAAGGAGGAGGCGGGUCCGCUUAAGACUCCUGUGGUGACCACUUCGCAGAGUUCCCGACAGGCUCCGCUCAACUUCCGAUGCAUUUCUUCGUAUCUUCAGCUCUACGACCGUCUGCUUAAGUCCAAACAUCCCAGUUGUCCACACAAGCAGGGAUGCGCUCCAUACGCUCUUCUUGGGGGUUUGAAACCCUUCCUGGGAGGCGUGGGUUUAUCGGUGGGUCUCAAACUGCUGCUCAACAUUACCAAGAUCUUCCAGUUCAAGAUGCAGUGGCGCAAGCAGAUCUUCAACCAGGGCUCCUUGCAAUUGGGUCUUGCUCUAGGCACCUUCUCACUGCUCUUCAAGUCAAUUUCCUGUGGACUUCGGCACUCUUUUGGAUUUGACAAUGCUCACUUCGCCAUUCCAGCUGGCUUGAUCGGAUCGAUUGGCCUGCUGCGUUUCCCCAACACCACGGUGGCCUUGUAUCUGAUGUGGAAAGCCCUACAACUCUUCUAUAACUGGGGCAUUGCCGAAGGAAAAGUACCCGAAGUUCCACACUUUGCGAUGCUCAUGUAUGGAUUCUUCACGGCCGUGCUGUUCCACUCGGCCAUCCUUGAAGCUCGUUCCCUGCGGCCCAGUUACUACAAGUUCCUGAUGAACAUCUCGGGCAAUCGCAUCAGCCGCUUCAAUGUGAAACCCUUUGAGGCCUACGGAUUGAAGAGCCAGGACCAGAUCAACUAUGUGAUUAAGAAAUUGGGCAUCGACAUGACCUCCCCCUUCCCAAUUUGUGCCCUGACUGUCUAGAUGGUUCUUCUCUCCACAUACUGUUGAAUAAAAAAAGAAAAUACAAUACAAUAAAUGUGUAUCACAA